UGCAGGGCCAGCCGCCCUUCUUCCUCUUCUUUUGCCAUUUUCUCUCUCCCGUUCGGUGCGUGUGUGCUUGUCGCCGCCCCUCUGGCCACUCGGCUGCUGCUGCUGCUGCUUUCCCUCCCGGUUUUUUACGCCCUUUUCCCACGCGGUUCCUUUUCUUUUCCGUGCUUGUGUACCGCCGCUGCAGCGCAACGUUGCGCUCUUUCCUCGGUCCAGCCCGCAGCCUAUGGCCCUGGAAGGCGCCGCUGCCUCCUGUAUUUCUGCUGUAGGUUCCCACAUCCCUCUUUAAAAAUUCCGCCUAAAAAGAGAAGACGAUUUACCAAAUCUUUCGGGCCGUUGUCCCACGGCAAACUCUCUGACCAGGUUUACAACUAUCCAGAGGGUUUAGGAGAAGUGCUUUAUCGAGAACAGUUCGACUUCAACGCUGAGCCACCUUGGGAACCUAGCUGAUGAUAGUAGGGUUCCAUCUCCUAACUUGUCCAUUUUGUUGCAUAAUUUAAGGACCCGGCUCUAAGGCUUUGCGGCCCGUCCCUUGUGUUUCUUGGUUUAUGACUGUCGGCUUUGCGGAAUACGGCUGAGAUGAAAGGAUUUCUUGAGGAUGCAAACUACUCCAUUGGCUUAUUGGAUGAAGGAGUGAAUCUUGGAGAUGUCAUCGACAACUGCAUUUAUGAGCAUACUCUUACUGGCAAAAAUACCUUUUUUGUUGGUGAUCUGGGGAAGUUGACCAAGCAGCAUAUCCAUUGGCAGAAUGUUAUGGCACGAGUAAAACCAUUUUACAAUGUAAAGUGUAACUCUUCUCCAGGUGUACUUGAGAUUCUGGCAGCUCUUGGAACUGGGUUUGCAUGUUCGAGUAAAACGGAAAUGGCAUUGAUUCAAGAUUUGGGCAUUUCUUCUAAAAAUAUCAUAUUCACUAAUCCUUGCAAGCAAGCUUCUCAGAUAAAAUAUGCAGCAAAAAUUGGAGUAAACAUUUUGUCUUGUGACAGUGAAUUGGAACUAAAGAAAAUUGCUAGGAAUCAUCCAAAUGCAAAGCUCUUACUCCAUAUUGCCACAGAAGACAAUGGAGGUGAAGAGAUGAACAUGAAGUUUGGCACCACCCUGAAGAACUGUCGGCAUCUCAUGGAAUGUGCUAAGGAGCUGGAUGUCCAAAUAGUUGGUGUUAAAUUUCAUGUUUCAAACUCCUGCAAGGAACCUCAAAUAUACAAACAUGCUAUUUCUGAUGCUCGCUGUGUGUUUGACAUGGCUGAAGAAUUUGGCUUUACUUUGAAUAUGUUGAGCAUUGGUGGGGGCUUCACGGAUAAUGAACAUGAUCUGGAAGAGGUUAAUCACAUUGUCAGUCCACUGCUUGAUAUCUACUUUCCUGAAGAAUCUGGAAUAAAUGUGGUUGCAGAGCCUGGAUGCUAUUACGUUUCAUCUGCAUUUACUCUUGCAGUUAAUGUUAUUGCCAAGAAAGCUGCUCAGUGUGAUAAACAUCUUCCCUCUGAAAUGGAACAAACCAGGAGCAAUGAUCCGGUCUUCGUGUAUUACAUGAAUGAUGGUGUCUAUGGUUCUUUUGCAAGCAGAUUAUCUGAGAAUUUGAAAGCUAUUCCAGAGGUUCACAAGAAAUACAAGGAAGAUGAGCCUCUGUUUGCAAGCAGCCUUUGGGGUCCAUCCUGUGAUGAGCUUGAUCAAAUUGUGGAAAACUGUCUUCUCCCUGAGCUGAAUGUUGGAGACUGGCUACUCUUUGACAAUAUGGGAUCUGGUACUUUGGGUGAACAGUCUACUUUCAAUGACUUACAAAGGCCACCAGUUUAUUACAUAAUGUCAUUUGGUGACUGGUGUGAGAUGCAAGAUGCUGGCUUUACCUCUGACACACUGAUGAAGAAUUUCUUCUUUGUGCCUUCUUGCAUUCAGCUGAGCCCUGAAGACAGUUUUUCUAUUGAAGCUUAAACAGGCAUUAAUGCUUCAUUUAGCCUUGCAGUUGCAUGUCUGUAGUCUUGUCUGGUCACAACAUUCCAGUUUGGAAGAAAAAAAAGUGGAACAAUCUUGAAUGAAUUAUUUAACACUUGAAAUCAAUUGGGACCAGGCAAAACCAGCUACAACUACAAUUCACUGGGGGAGUGAAGGUUAAAUAAUAAUAUUAAGAUUUAAACUCGUCAGAUAAUUCAGUCCCUCAGCAUUUAAAUAAAAUAUGCAACAAAAUGGAUGACUUAGUCGAGAUGGAAACCCAUCACUUGGGUUCUGUUAAACAGUUUACAUACAAGUACAGUUUUUAUACUAAGGAUUUCUGUUAGAAAGUCUUGUAAAAUUGUCUUUCCCCCAGAUAUAUGAAAUGUCAGUGGGAAACAAGUGUAACUUCAUUAGCUACGUUUAGUGUUUUUAGAAUGUGUAAAUUUGUGCUUUGAACUGUAGUUUAAUAAAUGUAAAAUUGCAUCAUAGUAUUUGUUGUAUUUCACCCUCGCUGUACCUACCCCUGUAUGAUUGCAAUAAAAUUUUGUGUAGGUUUUCAUUUUCUUCAGGCUAACACAGGGAAGAGGGGCUAGGCAGCAAAGAUAGUUUAAGUACAUGAAGGUACGUUCAAAGACUUCAGAAUUUGGGCAGAACACUAGAUCAUGAACAAAAUUAAAAAUGACUGAACUUAAAAAUCAGGAUGCAACUUGUACUUCUGCAUCUGAUUUAGCAAUUCUAAUUCCACACUGUUGAACUUGUGAGCUGGUAGAUACCAGAAGAGACAACAGAGGAUGUAAAAUGUAUACAGGACUUAAAAGAAAAACGGAAAGAACAGGUUUCUCAAGUGCUGUAUGCAUUUUGUGCUCUGUAUGCUCUUGGCUGCUGAAAGCAAGGCUACUGGACACAGGCUUCACCUGUGCAUUAGAAUCUCUACUUUUCUAUAAAAGUUACUGAUAAGUAUAAAUGGUUCUGAACAGCAUUCAAUCUUUGGCAGAAGGGCUACAUCCAUCUCCAGUAUUCAGAUUGGGUUUUGUCUGAAUACACUGAGUGUGCACUUAAACUAUCGGAACUGCAUCAACUAGACUUAGCAAGGGAAACGUUGAAGCUUUUACUCAUUGUUAGACUCCUCCUACCCUUUGAUUCUCAUUUUAAUUUAUUUUACUAACCUUACUAGCCUUGGAAGCGCUUCUUUGAAAUGCACCAAGCCAGAAUUAUUUUGAAAAUGGUGAUAAGUAUUCUGAACUAAUUUGGUGACAUGGAAUGGGCUGUCCAAGUGCAAAUGCAUUUUGUGCUAGUACCUACUGGCAGGAAGUUCUUUCUGUUCAUGGGGCUAAAUACACAUUGCUAGAGGAAGGGGCCAGGGAAUAAUAAUCCCUUCAACCUGACUGUUUGAAAUAACAGGUACUAUUAUUUUUGGAGGGUUUUUCACUUAUUGUGAAUGAUUUCUACAAUUAAAUCUAAUCCUGAGUGCAGAGUACAGCCAUGAGCAUUAAAGCACAAAAUAUACAUGGAAAAAACAAAUAUACCCAGUUUUCUGCAGUCAGACUAAUCUGUUAAAGCGCUAACAUUUUUGCUGUGCGAUUUGUCAGGGUUUUGUCAUGCAAGAAAAGGGGGGAACAGCUGUCAUAUCCAUCCCUACCCCUCUCUGAAGGUGCCCAGGACUCUGCUAUAAGGUUUUUAGAACUGUUGUGAGUUUAACCAACUCUGUUGUCAAUGGUACAGUCACCUUGGAAAUGUCUGUAUUGUAUUUGACAGUUUGCCAUAAAAACUGAAAAUUGAACUUGGUAUGUAUUUGAAUUUAUAUGCUAAAACCUAUCUUUUCUGUUUACAAUAUUGUAAUAUCAGUUUUGGAAUAAUUCAAAUAUAAAACUGAAUGAUUUCUAUAUAGCAACUUAA